AUUCAAUUCACUUGGUCUAUGUGUAGUAUGUGUUGUAACCAUUGUUUAUUUUUAUAAAAGUAGUUAGUUCAUAACAAGAAGUGUAACAAUUGAUGAAAAUAAAAUAAACGAAACAACACUCUGACUUAAUACUUACAGCAUACUAGUCACUUAAUUUACUCGUAUUGAUAUAUAUUAGGGAACAGAAAGUUUUGUGCAACAUGAUCACGUCCAUGAGGGCCGCGGCAUUUACCAGUGACCCUGGUUUUUAUUACUACUAUUUUGCAACACUAGAACAAUUAUUAAGCAAUUCGUUAAUAAACCAAUAAUAUACGGAAUUUGAUGGGUGCAGUGCUCCGUAAACCCGUUUUGUACUAGGCCUAAUAAUGGAAGAAGAAUUACGGUGCUUCGUUUGUAAGGAAUUUUACCGAGAACCAGUGCUACUGCCCUGCGGACAUGCUCUUUGUCGUUUAUGUGGGGUGAAUCUGCAAACUCCGGUACAUGAAAAUGACGGUGCUUCAUCGACUGACUAUCAGGAGGCGGACAAGGCGUCGGUGUCGAGUGAGACGGACAGCGGUGUGGUCUGCGGUUCCCGGCCUAAUAGCUUUGCGGGCACGCCCGCUGCCGCUGCGUACCAAAGCGCCGCAUUCACUUUAACAUGUCCUAUAUGCAACAAGCAAGUGUUUCUGGAUGACAAUGGAGCUGAAGGUCUUCCGCCGUUUCGCGUUAUGCGAACUAUUGUUGAGCGUUUCGGUGGCGUGGCCGGAGCCCCGCCGGCUGAGGAGGCCUGUCAGAUGUGCGAGGGCGAGCGUCGGGCAGCGGUUGUACGGUGUGAGCAGUGCUCGGUCCGGUAUUGCGCUAGUUGCAGGGACGCAUGGCAUCCCACCCGCGGACCGCUCGCUCAACACGAGCUGAGAACUCUGGGCACAACAUGUUCUGACCACGGCUCUCCUCCAGUGCUGUACUGCAACAGUUGUCUAGUCCCUGUGUGCCAGCGGUGUGUGGCUGAAAGGCACUCUUCACAUGUCACACAACCCCUUUCAAGUGCUGCUAGAGCACAUAAGACUGAACUCUCACAAGCAUUGCAACAGCUUUCAGAAAAGGCCAAGGCUAUGACUGAAUAUAUCCAAGUAGUUAAAGGCUCAAGUGAACAAGUAGGUGAAUCAUGCUCUGAGUUAGAGCGGCAGAUUGAACAAGCAUGCGCGGAGGUGUCCCGCGCUCUGGGACAACGACGUGAAGAGUUGGUCCGAGCGGCACGGGCGACCCGCGCACAGGCCGCGGCCGACGCGCGGGCCAGGUCCGCGCAGGCCUCGCAUAAGCUCAGGGAGGCCACGGCGCUGCUGCACUUCUCAAUUGAGGCGCUUAAAGAGGCCGACCAUGCUGCCUUCCUACAGGUGGGCAGCAUUCUGUCCGCGCGAGCACAAGAGACGAGCAGCACGCUGUGCGCGGCGCUGGAGCCGCCGCCGCAGCCGCCCGCGCUCACGCUGGACAUCGAGCCUGUGCUGCGCACCGUGCGUGCCAUGAACUUCGUCGAGUGCAUCCCGGACGAAAAGGAACUGAGAUCCUCAGCCCCGGGCGCGCCCACGAUGGCGGUGGAGGCGUGCGCGGCGCGCGGCUGCUCGUGCACGCUGGCGUGGCGCGCGCCGCCCGCGCCCGCCGCCGUGCGCGGCUACGUGCUGGAGCUGGACGACGGCCGCGGCGGGCCCUUCCGGGAGGUGUACUGCGGGCGCGAGACGAUAUGCACGGUGGACGGGCUGCACUACGCCUCGCUCUACAGCGCGCGAGUUAAAGCCUUCAACGGCGCGGGCGAGGGCCCUUACAGCGAGGUCAUCGGGCUUCAGACCUCAUCAGUGGCGUGGUUCACAUGGGACCUGCGCUGCGCGGCGGGCGAGGGGCUGACGCUGUCGGCGGACGGGCUGGCGGCGCGCGCGGCGGGCUGGCAGCCGCGCGUGGCGCUGGCCGACCAGCCGCUGGCGCGCGGCGUGCACUACUGGCGGCUCGUGCUCGACGAGUACGACGGCGACGCCGACCCCGCCUUCGGCGUGGCGCGCGCCGACGUCGCCAGGGACAAGAUGCUCGGUAAGGAAUCUGUCGGGGCCGACCAGCCGCUGGCGCGCGGCGUGCACUACUGGCGGCUCGUGCUCGACGAGUACGACGGCGACGCCGACCCCGCCUUCGGCGUGGCGCGCGCCGACGUCGCCAGGGACAAGAUGCUCGGUAAGGAAUCUGUCGGGGCCGACCAGCCGCUGGCGCGCGGCGUGCACUACUGGCGGCUCGUGCUCGACGAGUACGACGGCGACGCCGACCCCGCCUUCGGCGUGGCGCGCGCCGACGUCGCCAGGGACAAGAUGCUCGGUAAGGAAUCUGUCGGGGCCGACCAGCCGCUGGCGCGCGGCGUGCACUACUGGCGGCUCGUGCUCGACGAGUACGACGGCGACGCCGACGUCGCCAGGGACAAGAUGCUCGGAAGCGACGCGCUGGGCUGGGCGAUGUACAUCGACGCGCGGCGCUCGUGGUUCGUGCACGGCGGCGCGCACGGCGGCCGCGCGGCGGGCGGCGUGGCGCGCGGCGCCGCCGUGGGCGUGCUGCUCGACCUCGGCAAGGGCACGCUGCGCUUCACCGUCGACGGCGCCCCGCAGGGCGACAUCGCGUUCACGGGCCUCCGCGGCGCGUUCUACCCGGCCGUGUCGCUCAACCGCGGCGUGGCCGUGACGCUGCAGCCCGGCCUGCCGCCGCCGCCCGAGCUGCUGCUCGACCAGCUCGCCGUCGAGUGACCUCCGACACCUUCCUUGUACGCGCCUUCGACAGAGGGACCAUCCGUCCCGGUCUUCAACUGCUAACCUAGUCUCAGAGAGAGAUGCCUGAAUAGACAAAACAUUGUCCCAAACCAAUGUUAAUCCGAAACCAAAUAAAU